GCGGGAUCGGCGGGGGAGCUAUGGGUCGACUGGCCUGACUCGCUGAGCCAGUUCUGGUUCUGGGUGGGGAGCUCCGGGUUCAGGGAGCGCGGGGGAGACUGCUGGAAACAGAGGAGGCGGGACCACCUGCCGGGGCGGUGCCCUCGGCGAGCAGUCCCAGGAUGCUCCGCGUUCGGCCCCGGACUCCACUUCCCAGCGGCCCCUGCAGCGCGCCCCGCUGCCGCCCGAGCGCCGCCGCCCUUUGUGAGGCCGCCGGCCCAACCGACAUCCAGGCCCCGCCCCGGCCGGGGGCGCUGGGCUCCGGCCUGCGCGGACCGCGAGGAGGGAGGUGGAGGCGCGGGGAGGAGGCAGGGGGCGGCGCGCGCCUGGGGAGGCCUGCAGGGCUGGAGCGGGCGUGUGCGGGCCUGUGACAGCGUGAGACCGUGUCGCCGGGUGCGGGACCCUGUGAGACACUGAGAAUAUGUGACGCUCUGUGUUCUCCAGACAGUGCCCUUCUCCCAGAGAGGAGCCUGAAAGAGGGCAGAAGACCUGUCAUGAACUGUUAGAUUCUUACAGCCAUGUCCAAGGAUUUGGUGACCUUUGGGGAUGUGGCUGUAGAUUUCACUCCAGAGGAAUGGGAGUGGCUGAACCCCGCGCAGAGGACUCUGUACAGGAAGGUGAUGCUGGAGAACUAUCGGAGCCUGGUAUCGCUAGGAGUUUCAGUUUCUAAGCCAGAUGUGAUCUCACUAUUGGAACAAGGAAAGGAGCCCUGGAUGGUGAAGAAGGAGGGGACAAGAGGCACAUGCCCUGAUGGGGAGUAUGCAUUUAAAAACAGUAUGUUUUCAUCAAAGCAAGCUAUUUGUGAAGAACCAUCCCAAGUAGUGACAAAGGGGACAAGCUAUCUUAGUUACAGUGUUGACUGCCCCAGUGUGAGAAGGGACUGUGAAAGUAAGGACUGGCUUAAGAGCCACUUGGGAAAUCAGGAGGUACAUUCUGGUCAAUUGGUCAUCUCCCAUAAAGAAAUCCUCACUGAAGAUCAAAGCAAUGACUAUACCAAAUCUUGGCAAGCAUUCCAUCAAGAUGCAAGAUUUGAUAUGAAACAGUGUUUUCCCAUCAAAGGAAAAGGACAUAAGCAUGAGCCCCAAAAGAGAAGUUACCGAAAAAAAUCUGAAACGAAGCAUAAAAAAGUCUAUAUAGAAAAGAAACUUUUGAAAUGUAAUGAAUGUGAGAAAGUUUUCAACCAGAGCUCAUCUCUUACUCUUCAUCAGAGAAUUCAUACUGGAGAGAAGCCCUAUGCAUGUGUUGAAUGUGGGAAAACCUUCAGCCAGAGUGCAAACCUAGCUCAGCAUAAGCGAAUACAUACUGGGGAGAAGCCCUAUGAAUGUAAGGAAUGUAGGAAAGCCUUCAGCCAGAAUGCACACCUGGCUCAACAUCAGAGAGUUCAUACCGGAGAGAAACCUUAUCAGUGUAAAGAAUGUAAAAAAGCCUUCAGCCAGAUUGCACACCUAACCCAACAUCAGAGAGUUCAUACUGGAGAAAGACCUUUUGAAUGUAUCGAAUGUGGAAAGGCCUUUAGCAAUGGUUCAUUUCUUGCUCAGCAUCAGAGAAUUCACACAGGAGAGAAACCUUACGUAUGUAAUGUGUGUGGGAAAGCCUUUAGCCAUCGUGGAUACCUAAUUGUGCAUCAGAGAAUUCAUACUGGAGAGAGACCCUAUGAAUGUAAGGAAUGUAGGAAAGCCUUCAGCCAGUAUGCACACCUUGCUCAACAUCAGAGAGUUCAUACUGGAGAAAAACCUUAUGAAUGUAAGGUAUGUAGGAAGGCCUUCAGCCAGAUUGCAUACCUUGAUCAACACCAGAGAGUUCAUACUGGAGAGAAACCCUAUGAAUGUAUUGAAUGUGGGAAGGCCUUCAGCAAUAGUUCAUCACUUGCACAACAUCAGAGAAGUCAUACUGGAGAAAAACCUUACAUGUGUAAGGAAUGUAGGAAAACAUUUAGCCAGAAUGCAGGCCUCGCUCAGCAUCAACGAAUUCAUACUGGAGAGAAACCUUAUGAAUGUAACAUUUGUGGGAAAGCCUUCAGCUAUAGUGGAUCUCUUACUCUACAUCAAAGAAUCCAUACUGGAGAGAGACCCUAUGAAUGUAAGCAUUGCAGGAAAUCAUUUAGGCAGCGUGCACAUCUUGCUCAUCAUGAGAGAAUUCAUACAAUGGAGUCAUUCCUGACUCUCUCCUCUCCCUCACACUCCAUGUCCAGUCAGUUGCCAAGACCUGUAGGUUUUAUCUCCUAAAUAUGCCUUGAAUCUGACUUUCUUAAACCAUUUCUAUUCCAUCAUCUUUGUCCAAUAUACAAUAAUCUAUUUGACAUGGACUAUGGAAAGAGCUUUCUAAUUAGUCUUGCCUGCAUUAAUUACCCUUUCCUUUGUCGGUUGUCUACACUGCAGACAAACUUGUAUUAAGUUUGAUCAUAUUACUUCCCCUCAUUAAAACCUCUCAUUUGGCAUCUUAUAGUUCUUAUGUUAAAAGUACACAGCCUCAAGACAGCCUAAAAGAUCCUGCCACACAACUUUUUCCAGUCUACACUCCAAACCCCAUUUCAUGUCAAUAGUUGUCUCAUUCCUUGGCUACUUAUCAGAACUAAGAACUCAUAUUCCAGCAUCAAAUACUUAGAUCUGGGUUCCAAUUGUGCUCUUCCAUUUCCUAGCCUUCUAGUUUGGGAGAAAUAUUUUGUCCUUUGUAAGCUUCAGUCUUAUUUAUAUUGUGGGAAUAGUAAUGGUACUACCUCAAAGUUAGUGGGAGGAGUAAAUGAGAUCAUGCAUGUACAUUGUUCAGCAGAGUGCCUAGUGUAAGUAAUCCCUCAAUAAACAAUGCACAGUAAGAAGAUCCAGUGCUAUACAAAGACCUGAUCAUCUCAGCAAGGACCAUCAGAACAAGCAGCAACAGCUUAAGAUUCAAGACUGUAGAUUUUUUAUUAGUAACAGUUGUCAUUGCUAUAAAGGUGGGUGACAAUGGCAUUUAAUACACUAGGCUUGACACUGGAGUCCAUGAUACAGAGUAAGAUGGGGGUCUCUGUUUCAGCAUGAAUGUACAGAGAUGACUGCUGGUAAAAUGAACUUCAGUAGAUAUUCAGCAGCUCUAAGAAGAUACACUUUAAGUAUCAUUAGUAAUAAAUGGAAUUUACUGAGAUGUGUUCAUCACUUACAUGUAAACAAAGGCAAACGACCAAAAAAAACAACAACCCAUAACUUAAGCAGAUCAGUAGCCUAAGAAAAAUGAAAAAUAUAGCUAACUUUGAACACGUGGGUUAAUAAUGCCAGUCCCCCACACAACAAAAAUCCAUGUGUAACUUCUGACUCCCCAACAAUUUACUGAUAGCCUGCUGUUGAUCAGAAGCCUUAGUGAUAACAAUUACACAUUUUUGUUAAAUGUAUCAUAUACUGUAUUACAAGAGUAAG